AUGGCGAGGUUCCUCCGUGCGGCUACACAUGCCGGCAAGACCGGCGUCGGGUUCAACAUUCACAUUGUCCUGCACAAACUCACGAGCAGUGACGCGGACGCCAAGGAGCUCGAGAUGGUGUACCCAGUCGUCACGCGGGGCACGCAUAAAGUCAGGGGAACGCCGGUUCCGAUCCUGUCGAGCCGUCAGGUGCACUGGACAGACGAAUCCCUGAGCUUCCAUUGCACCAUGUACCGGACCAAGCACGCCACAUUCCAACCCAAGACGUUCACGGUCGACGUUGUCAAGGCCCGAGGCGACUGCGUCCUCUGCACGUUCGAAGUCGACCUCGCCCAGUACACGUCCGAGAAAAACGCUGGAAACAACUCGUACAGCUUGGUCAUUCAGCCCAAGAAGGCGUGGGGCAAUGGAUCGCUCAUGAUGUCUCUGGCCACCGCGCUCGACACGGAAAGGCCUUUGUCAGCGUCGUCGACAACGGCGUCUCGAACGCAACAUGACCCGAUCGACGAAGGCGAACGAAGCCAUGCCGUUGACAGCCCUCCAAAGCGAGUUGCGAGCCACAUCGUGUCUUCUCGACGGAUGACGUUCCAAGCGCCAGCGACAGACGAAGGCGCAGAUGACGACGCUGCUGUGAACAACGCUUCGGAGACAUCGUCGGCCAACGUUCCGACCGACCACGACGAUGAACGCGAUGCCCCGCCAUCCAGUGCUAGCUUUGCUGCGCAAAUUGUCAAGUACGACCGCGCGAACAAAGACCUCCAGGCAAAACUCGACGCCGCGUUGGUACAACUGAGUCAGGCAGCCACCAAGCAGCCGACCGUGAACGACGAGGACGUGGGGUACCGAGCCAAGUACGACGUGCUGGUGGUUGCCCACGCUGCCGUGCAGGACGAGCUCGCGUCGGUAAAAGAAAAGAAGGCAAAGGCCGAGAAGGAGGUCGUUCUCCGACGGACGGAGCUCCAAGCCGCGAUGGAAAGCAGUUCUCGCGUCAAUGUCGUCCAGCUCGAACGAAUUCGACACCUCACGAGCUUGAACGAAGAGCUCAAGGGAAAAAUCCAACACCUCAUGCAAGCAGCUGCGCGAGCUGCCGCUGAAGCAACUGCGCAUCCGCCUACGAGUCCCUUACGACACGUGGCGUCGUGGAGCGAAGGACUUGGCCACCACACGGUGCCCAAGCCGUUGGACGCCGACUUGACGUACACGCCAGUGGCCGCCUCGAACACAGUGGCUGGGGAAGUGCUUCGCCUACAGCAGGACAAGAAGGCCCUUGAGGACAAGGUCAUGCGCAUGCAGCGCGACGUCGACUCGUUGGAGAACCAGCUCUUUGACCGGAGCUCCGAGCUGCAGCAAGUCCUCGAGCUCCACUCGCACUGCAACCACACGCUGUCGUUGAAAGCAGCGGAUUUGGCCAAAGCCCAAGAAGACAUCGUGCGACUGCAAAUGCAGCGGAGCGCGUCGUCGACGGAAAUGGGCAGCGGCGAAGCCGAUGCGCUUGUUGAGAUGCUGCAGCGCAAUGUGGACGAGCUGCGCGACGAAGUAUCGGCGCUGCAGACCAAGAACAGUCAACUGAGGGAUGCCAAGACCAAAGUCGAAACAGAGCUGUGCAAACGAGUGACCGAGCUGAAGCGUGGCAGGUCGUCGAAUUCGGCCACGAUGGACCAAACUCAAGUGGACCAGCUCACCGCCGCCUCGCGCGACCAAAGUCAGCGCAUUCGCGAGCUGGAAGCCCAGUUGGUCAAGGCUCAAGAGGCCAUGUCCCACACAGGCUUCUCGCUGUCCGACAUGGACGUUGUUCGAUGUGUUCAAAAUUCCAGUGCGCAAAGUCUGACUCAAGCAACGUCGGUAGUCGACGCCGAGGUCGGCUACCUCAAGCAGCAGGUGCGCGAGCUCAAAGAUGCGAUGGAGCGAGUACAGGAAGAGCUCGCUGAAAAGGCUGGCGAGUUGCAGCAGGCCCUAGACAUGCACACUCGCAUGCAGCAAGAUAGCGUGCAGCAGCUGAACCAGGCAGAGACGCAACUAGAGGCUGAAGGGCGUCGAUUGCUCGUGCUCCAAGCGCAAAUCGAGUGUCUCCAGGAAGAAAAAAACGUAUGGCUCGGUGAAAAAGAGGCUCUCGAGCACGCUGUAAAAGCCGAAGCGACAGAGAAGCAACUGCACGUGGAAGCGCUGGCAGCGCUCAAAGCCGUCAACGAAGAGGUUGUGGUCGCGCGCAUUGAAGCGGCCAACGCUCUGCACUUGGCUGAACUUACGUCGCUCAAGUCAGACAUGGAAGCGACGAUCGAAGAAAACCAGCAACUUCAAGCCGAGGUCAAGGACCUCCAUGCAAGGACGUCGUUCGAGCACAGCGACACGAGCGCGCUGCGGGCUCAAAUUUUAGACCUCAAGCACGACCUUCAGCACAUGCAGUAUGAGUUGUCCGAGAAAGCAGCAGAAAUGGCCGCAUGGCAAAAGCAGCACAGCAAGGACCAGAUCGAGUCGGAACUCCAGGUCCUCUUGGACGAAAAGAUCGAAAUGUGCAAUGGGUUACAGGACAAGUUGGAAAAGAGCCAAGCUGAGGUGCAGAAGCUCAAGGAUCGAAUGGACCAACAAGUCGAUGCCCGGAACGACGAAAUGGAGCAGCUAUUACAGCAGCGCAACGACGAAUGGAUGGCCGCAAAGGACGAGCUGGCCAAGUGCUCGUGGGAACUGGACCGUCUCAAGGCGCAGCAGGCGGACGAGCGGGCAAAGACAGCUGAAGCAGACGGAGCAGACGUGACAAGUGCUGCCAAGCACGUCGAAGAAGAAUUCAAAUUUGCCAAGGACCAGCUCACGUCGUGCGAAUUGGAGCUGGAGACGCUCAAAGUUGUCAACCGCGAGUUAGAAGCCAAGGUGGCCGCCCUCGAUGCCCAGCUGUCGACGUCGACAGGAACCGAUGAAGUCGGCCAGCUCAAAAAGGAAAACGAAUUUUUUCAAACGGAACUGGUCGAGACCAAGAUGAAACUCGCGCUGCUGCAAGAAAAACACGACGACUUGAUCAACGAGCACAAGAAAAUCGAGAAGGAGUGGCUGGUGCUCAAAAUUCAGUCGGCCGAGGCGGCUCUCAAAGCCAAGAAAAAGUAGCGACGUUGCGUGCGACUGUUCUGGACCCAUCGCACGAGCACUGCUCUAUUUAACACGGACGUCGGGACUCCGAUUUUGCC